GUCAACGGGAGGUUUCCGGAAAAAGGCGAACAAGUGCGGUGGCUCGUGCGUCGUGGGCCGAAAAAUUGGGUUGUUCCCAGAGCACCCCGAGUGUUGAUUGGCCGUCGUAGAUAAAGGGGCAAAAAGUUCGGAAUUCGCGAUUUGUUGCACGCGAUUUCAUUUUGCCGGGCCGUUUUCGGCAAAAGUAAUACGCGCAGAACGAAGCGGGCAAAAGCAACCGAGCCGAGACGGGCCGAAUCUGGAGGAAAUAAUUUUCUCUUGAAAUCCGGAGUGUGGUGUGUUUGCUUGCGAGGGGAAUAGUAUUUCCCAAGUGGAAAAGUGUAGCUGGCCACGUUGUUCGAGUUGGAUCCUCGGUGAUUUCGACCAUCUCAGGGCAGGAGUGUCGUCUGCGUCGGAAAAUUGAAUUUCAACUCGCACGUUUUGCUUCGCCAACAUUCAUCAUCGUCCGGAAGGAGGAGUCACUCGGAUAGCGGUUCUCACUUGUGUUCUCCGCCAACCGGAGGGCACGCCCAUCAACUUUCCAGCCCAUUGUGCGGCAGUUCCGGGAAGCUCGCCGGAUCUCAGCGUUUCUUUUAGUGGUAUGAAUAAGGUUUAGCAAUUGCUUCGGUAGCUUUUACUUAGCUCGAAAUCAAUCAAAGCAAAAGUCCAAAGCAUUUGCUUAGUUUGGUAUGAAUAAACAUUUGCUUAGCGGAUGUGUACUAAAGUCUUAGAACAUAGCUUUUGCUUCGAAAAAUAGAGCUAUCCAACCAGCAGAAUCUGAAGUUUUCUAUAGUAAAAUGAAAGAAGACGGUCAGAAAAUUGAAAAGUACGACUAGAGUAGGCUUGAAGUCGACGAAGCGGGUGGUGGGUGUGAGAACGACCGGAAUUUUUUUGUUAAUGCGUGCUUGUAUGUUGAUGUUUAAAGAAAAAUGAAUACAUACAUAUUCGAAUAUUGUCAAACAAAAAAUGGCCUAACUUUAAUAUUUAUCAUAAGCUCUCCCACGUGUAUUUGGAUCGGGAUAAUCCGAUGUUUAAAAUAAUAGGCAAUAGGCCCGCUUUUAAUUUAGAUUUUUUUUUAAAUCUUAGAAUUAUAAAAAAAUAUAUAAAAAUGAGAGAUCUGUAUAAUGUUUUAAAUUAUUACAAUUUAUUUCUAACUUUGAUCCAAUUGGGACUUCUUCCACGAUAGCCGGAUUUUUUUUAUUUGAAAUAUUUACUAAUUGAUUUGUUUAUUUUCAUCUUAGACGAAUGAUUUUAUACAACGACAGAAAUAUGAAAAAAGUUGGGUUAAUCACUUCGACUUUCUUUAUCCAUGUUGAAAAUGCCUUUUUGGAUUGUUUUGAAGUGAAAUAUUGCUAAUUUGAUAAAUUCAUGACGUUAUUAAAGAAUUUUUUAUUGGAAAAGUCUGCUACCGAGCAUGCUUAGAAAAUAAAGCUAUUGCUAGGAGAUUGGUCGAGCAAUUGCUUCAGAUUUGAGCUUUAUUCAUACCAAACUAGCUUGUUCUAAAAGUAAAAGCUUCUGACUGAGAAAACAGCUGUCAAAAAAAACUUUAUUCAUAACAACCGAAGCAAUUGCUUUAAGCGACUGCUCGACUGCUCGAUUACGUUUAGCAAAAGCAAUUACUAGGUUUUUUUCAUACCACCCUUUGGUACUGAUGACCAGUCACCAGCAAGGUACCAUGACGGGAUUGUCCGACGCGAAGCUGUCGCCGAAGCGCGAGCAGGCGCGAAGACAGAAGGUUCGGUCCGGAAUGGUGGCGCGGUUUAGUGGUGGCACAACAGUUUUGCCCAAAAUUUUGGCGAGGAGCCGAGAAACGAGCGUUGGGUGCGGCACGGGUGAGGUCAUCCGAAGCGUGUCGCACAGCCCGGGAGAGACAAAUCGCAGCCUGGCAAAUACGGCGCAAGUCGGCGUUGGCAGCCCGAAUCAAUCAUGACGCGUCAUCGAAGGAGUCUUCGUGGGAGGCGCGAUAGAAAUACACGUAACAUUUAGAAUAUGGCUGACAACAAUGACAAAGCUGCUAAAUAUGAGGAAGUUUGGAGUAGGGUGAAGGCUUACAUUCCAUUUUUGCAAGAGCUCAUUAGUUUUCACAAAAAUGAAGAACCAAGUCGUCCUCAGACUCUGGAAAAAAUCACUACAAUGUAUGAGCUGCUUACGAAUCAAAGGCUUAACUAUACAUCACUUUGCAAAUGUGAAGGUGUUUUGAUAAAGCUGUAUGAAACGAACCCGAUGAAAAAAAAAGCGAAGGUUGCAGUUUUACCACCGUCACCCGAACAGCCGGAAAUUGAAACACCUGCAUCACCGGAUGCACAAGUAGAUCCGUCUACAGAUUCGGAACAAGGAGCAUCAUGCAAGGAAGAUGACCAACGAACGUCUUCUGAGGUGGGAGAAUGUUCGAAAACUACUGACGGUGCAAAAGUUCCGCUGACAUUGGAUGAAAUUCAGCGUUUAAUCACUGAAAAGUCUCAAUCAGCAAAAUCCUAUUCGGAAACAGGCACUAACCUAUCGGAUGCAAUUAGAAAUACUUUGAAAACUUUUAACGUACCAAUGAACGACUGCUCAAACAAUACUUCAGUUGAAAAAUCCCGUGUUCCAGUUUUGCCAUACAACGAUGACCGUAGUCAUCAACGUGGUGUUCGUUUUUCACCACAACCAUAUAACAAACCGUAUUGGAGUCCAGGGCAAGAUUCCAGCUUUCCUCAUGCAGUGAACAAUGCCUUUGUACAAAACACUGAAAUAGUAUCGCGACAAAAGUCUCCCCCACUUUAUCGUAGACGCGAUGAUUUGGUACUGUCCGACAAUCAAAUGGAUAUUUCUCCUGAUAUACGCUCGCCACCAGUCUCGGUUCCCCACAUCAAAGAUCCCAGACUACGCAAGGCUGCUUCCAACGCUAUGGGAAUACAAUCUCCUACAGAUCAUAGUUUACCGGAUAACUAUAAUCCAUAUGUUCCACCAACCAGAGUUAACGAUCCACGUUUUAAUCGCACAUCAGUACCUACAUUUACUGGACCAAUCCCUAAUGAAUUACCAAAAUGUUUGGCCCCUAAUCCGAAUUUACCGCUAAAUAUAACUAAAAAAGAUCCUCCAAAACGUCGACUCAGCAUAUGUGCUAAUCAGAUGAUCAUCGAAGAAAUUCCAUCUAACCCGCUUAUUCCUGUGAAAUCGUUUCCAGCUAGACGCCAGAGUAUUUGUAGUGAUUUCGGCAAUCCAUAUAAUGUGCAAAACGAACCGUUUUUGCCACCACAAUAUCCUCCUAGAACACCAAUCAUACCCCCAGCACAAUCGGCACCGAUAAUUCAUCCUCAGCCAAUAGAAAUACCAUCCGUAGCUGAACGAGACCCUCGAAGAAAACACCUACCACCUGGAGCGGAAUAUUUGCCGUCGUCAUCUAAUACGUCGCGAUAUGAAAGGCCUUUGCCUGCAGCGAGUAAAAAAACUCCGUUGACAUAUCUAGAAUAUCGGCGGCAGAAAGAAUUGCGUGAAAAGCAACAACAGCAUGAAAAACAACUAACUGACAGUAAUAAAACCUCAGAUGAGGCUGAUAUAAUGAUCGGAAUGGUUCCAAACAAAACUCGUGUAGCAGCUAAGGCGUACGCCAAGCCAGCAAAAGCUGCAACAAACAAAGAACGUCAAUUCGCCCCAUCGCCUAAAACUAAAACAACUCCAGAACCGAAACCCUUGUAUAAGCAAUCGCACAGUUUCAAAAAAGACAAAAAGACCUCCUAUACUGAAAAACAAGAUAAACAGCAAACAUCAUCGAAACCAAAAGAUCUCUUCGGCGAACAACUUUCUCAAUUCGACAAAAUGUAUCGUAGUAGUGAUUUUUCGAAAAAGUCAAACAGCGGUGCGAUUGGAGGCUUUAAAAUACCUAAACUAAAACGAGUAGAAGACAAACCUCAAGAAUCACAAAGGAGUGCGUCUCCUCAAGAGGUAUCAUCCAAAAAUACUGAGGAAAAGAACGAAACACACAAGCAAGUGAAAAAAAUAGUGAGUAAAUCGCCAGAGCCUAAUAAAUCUUCCUUCGACGAUGAAUGUUGGGAUGAAGAACCGAUGCCUCCACCUAAACCAUGCGAUCUACAAAAAACUGAUACAUCUGAGCAAAAGCUACCGCUCAAUGCGUCAACUUUACUAAACGAUGAUGACUACUGGGAUAACGAUCCAGAUCCGGAAUCAAUCGAUUCUCCAAAAUCUGAAUCGGUCCGUAUUCAAAAAGAAAAGAAACAAAAUGAAAAUCUUGAAAAGAUUUUUCAAGUGCCGCAAAAUACUGUUCCUAGAAGAAUUAUGACUCGUCGAAAUUCUGUUGCUGUAUGCAAAAAAGACGUUAGCGAUUAUCUUGCUGUCAUUCCGGUAGCAAAUGCUAAACUAAAGAAGAUGAAAAAACGCCGAAAUUCAUUUAGCGUAUCUGAGGAAAUUGACGACUCACAGGAAGACAACUCGAAAGAUGCAGAAGAGGAAAUUCGGCCACGAAAAAUCAGUAAACGAAAGAAAGCCGUCAUUGCAGAUGAUGAGGAAGAAGAGCUUGAAAAUUUGACCUCAGUUAUUGAUAACUCAACUAACGAAAGCAUGGUCAAUAUUAUGUAUGAAGCCAAAGAUAAGGUGGACAUUUCAUCAGUAACAACAAUACAAAGCUCUAGUAACAACCUAGAAAAGACUGACGAGGAUAACAUUGUUUCUAGUACUACGAAUGAACCUAAGCCACCUACCAAAAAGCGAGGACGCAAAUGUAAGAAAAGUGCUGAAAUAGUGAGCGAAGACGAUGCUUCCAACGAUUCUUCGAUGAAUAAAUUGCAAGAUACUGCAGGAGUUGCCACAGAAGAAACCGAAGUCAAAACUGAAGAAGCUAAACAAGAUGAAAAUAAUAAAGAUAUUCUUGAAAGUAUUCUUAAUCAACCUAGCACUAACAACAAAGCACAAUUACUGGCAAUGUUGAGCAAACUUCUUGACGAGAAGAAGGUCAAGAAAAUCCAGGAAAUUAUUGAAAGUCCUAGUGAUAAAAUUGCAACCGGUCAGGGAAUUGUGCAAGAACCAGAAGCUAGCGGUAGCAGAGAACGUACAUCAUCAAUGUGUAUCAGUUCGACCGAAGAAUCGAUACCCAAAGAUAAGGCAAGCGGAAAAGCAAGAAAGUCAGAAUUAGAUAAGCUUAAUGAGGAUAUCAAUGAAAUGUAUAUGAGAGACGGCGUACUCAAUGCGACUGGAAGAAGACGUUGUACGAAGAAAUCAGAAGAGUUGACGUUAACGGUAACUAAAAGAGCCAAAUCGCAAGGACCUGCAAAACCACAAGUAAACGAGUUGUUGCAGAAAAGUAGUCCCACUACUCCUCAAUUAAAGAAUUUCAAAAUUGUGGUUAAAAAAAUGGAUGUCUCAAAACUUUCACCGGUAAACCGUAAAAGAAAAAUGAGUGAAGAGACCAACGAUAAUGUAUCGAUUUGUUCAGAUGGAGGAACAUCAUUUUCACCAAAAUCAAAGAAAAAACGGCGCAGUCCUUGGACAUCUAGUAGAAGGAAGAAAAAUAAUACACAAAGUCCGGUUUCGCCGGUAAAAAUGUUUAUACCGAAAACAGCUACUAAGAAUGUAAACCGCGAAUUGCACUGCAAAAAUCAAAAAUCUAAGGAAUGUACAUUGUGUUCCUACAGUGGACGUUUAGAUACUAUUGUCCAACAUUACGUUCGCAAUCAUCCACUGCAUGAAGUCUAUACAAGCCGAUUUUCUUAUACCACAGCAAACAAAAUAAAAAAAGAACCAAUGAAAAUAUCUGGAACCAUUACUGAUAAGAACAUUACCUUCGAAUGUCUCUUCUGUCAAGAGACAUUCACCAAAAUGCGGUACAACUGGAAACUUCAUUUGGCGAGUCAUACCGGUGAAUAUCGAUACAAAUGUAACAAUUGUACAAUUAAAUCAUUAGCUCCAAGCACGCACGCUCAUGAUAAGGACUGUACCAAUCCUGCAAUGGAAGUCAUAAAUGAGUUAACAUUCGAUGAGAACCACUUGUGGGGGUAUAUGUGUAGGGUAUGUAAUUAUGUUCAACUCUCUCGUGAUAGAAUUGAUUAUCAUCUGAAGGAAGAACAUGACAGACAUUUAACCAGCAAAGGCAUUCUCAAGUUUAGCAUCCUGAAUUACUAUGAACCCUUUUCAUCGCACAACAAUGUACGACAAGAACCCGUUGAGUCUGAUGUAUCAAUGCCAGAAUUGACUCCACAAACCCCCGAGAAACCCGUCAAUAUGUCAGCCUUCAUUGCCACGGAUAGUAAAUUGGACUGUGGAACUUUGGCAGUUCUAAGCAACAGUAGUUUCGUUUCGCCCUCGAAACCUUCAAUCGUAGAUAAGCUCCAAAAGGAUCUCAACGAGAUAGCACAAAACAAAUCGUUUAAAAUAGAUCAAAGCUCCGCAUCAAGACAACCAAAAUCGAUUCCUUAUGGUGACGAUGACGAUUGGGAAGAUAUAGAAUCUCCACAGAAAAAUUCUUCGCCGAAAUCAGUCGAGAAGGUAAAACGAUGUUUGAGAACAUCCAUUUCUGAAGUACCUAUGCCGACUCCAUUGGCAGUCAAAGAAGAAGAAGUUGAUUUAUUCGAAGACAAGCAGAUUGUUUCGAAUUUUGGCUUCAACAGAAUAGCAGAUGUGAUUUGGUACUUGUGUUUAAUUGUGGAUUGUAAGUACGCUUCCAAAAAUAGAAUCGAGAUGUAUGAACACGUCAACCAGGAACAUAAAUUGAUCACUUGGGAUGGUUUUUGUUAUUUGUGUACUGCGCAAGUUACAGAUGAUGAAUCUAAUGAGCUUACAAAAGAAAUUAAUCAUAUGGCUGUUGUUCAUAUCAAAGAUCGGUCAGCUGCUGACGAAUUACAUAACUCGAUAACUACCUCACUCGAGACUUCUUUGGAUGCAGGGAGUAAAUUAAAACUGAGGCGUUUUUCGAGUGAUAAGUUGUCUUUAGGAAUGUUAACGAGUGAUGCACCUGAACAAGUUCCGAUAAAUCCUAAACCUUGGACUACUCAAGAUGUAACCAAAUCGAUAGCUCAUUGUCGCAAUAUGCUGGACGAUAAAAGUUUAUACUGUUUCUUUAAAUGCAUGGGCUCUAGCUGCAGUUACACUACCACUCUUGAAUCCUCGAUGGAAAAGCACAUUAACAACCAUGAGUUGGUCGGAAAUCUCCAAAAUGACCAAAUUGUGAAAAGUUGGCUUGAAUGUUCGUACUGUGAGUUUGUCGCUGAUAGUAGUUUGAAUUUAAUACAACAUCUUAGACAAUCGCAUGGAAAAUGUGCUUAUCAGUGCAGAUAUUGCUUUUAUCGCAGUAGGAAUUCGUACAACGUAGUACUGCACCAGCAAUUGUAUCAUCCUGAAGAGAAGGUAGAAGUACUGAUGAUUGAGUCGGAUAAACAACCAUUGACGGCAACAGAUCACGAAUUUCUUAAUAAGCGUCGAAUUGAAAACAUCAGUCCACUAAUAUGUACAGUGUGUGAAGAAGAGUUCUUUGUGUUAGAUGCUUACAUGACACACUUGAAGGAUGAUCAUCCCGAAUCAACGACGAUCGCUUGUCAGUGUUGUAAGGAAGAAAUACAAAAGCUCAAAAUGCCACGCCAUCUGUUGAUUCAUAAGAUUGGCAUUUACGAGUGCCUCUAUUGCCAGUUUGGUAGCAAUACUGUGGAAUCAGUUCAAACCCACGUCUGCAACAAGCAUCCAUCAGAACCAUUUUAUUGCUGUGUCAGGUUCAACAAGGGCCCGGAAAAGAGAAAACUUGCCACCCUUAAAUCGCUUUUCGAACAAUCUAUUGAAGAAAGCGUGUUUACGCGAUGUAACUUCACUAUCAAUGAACUUAACUACAAAUCACCAGAUAUCAUCAAUGCCAAUCAAGAUGUUACGAAACCGACCAUAAUACCUUUGCAGUUGCCACCGAUUCGUGUUGGAGACGCAAAUAUAUUACUGAGUGCGCAUAUUCCUACCGUCAAUGACUCAGAUAAAAUUGACAGACAAUCUGUCGUUGUUAAUGCGGAUGGCGGUGGGAGUAUCCAAGUACCAACUCUCUCGAAAAUAGCUGAAAGGUAUGAAUUGGUGGAAUCUGGUUCCGUUCCCAUCAUAACAUCGGUGCAAGGCAACUAUCAACCAGCGACGUCUAGUACGAAUUUUCCGGUUAUCACUCAAGUCAUGGGUGGAGUGACGGAUGCCCAAUCUAGUUCUUCUAUGCCUAUCAUUACCAGAGUUGAAGGCGGUGUAGAUAAUUCAGUUACGAUUCGACCUGCCUCUUCUUUGAUUGGAACAAAAAUAAUCAUAUCACCUAAUAAGGGUUUUCCAAUAAUUACAAAUGUUUGCAGCAUAGCACCUUCGACUUCCAAGCAAGUUCAAAGUGCUUCUGAAGAUGAAGCUUUGAUGUUAGAAGCUGAACGUGUCGCCAUGGAAAUGAUCAAGGAUACAGGUUUACCUCGUAAUGUAAUAUACAAGUGCGUAUUCAAGGGUUGUAAUUCAGUACUUCCCGAUGGCUAUGGAAUGCGAAAGCAUCUGAUGUUCACACACAUGGCAUCUACUCAGUAUAACUGUGUUCAUUGCAAGAGUAAAACUACUUUUCCCAGUGUCCUCACAUUCACACAACAUUUGAAAAGUCACGAGACGCAAAGGAUAUUUUGUUUUGUAUGUGACUAUAAAGGAUCAUUCCCACCCGAGGUUAUCAAACAUGUCAAAGAAGUGCACAAAACUAACAAACCUACUAUUCUAUUUCUAAACCCGAAGAAAAAUGAUCCGAACAGUGACAUCAUCGUUUUUGCUCCUGGCCAACCGACCGAAGCUGAACGGAAAGCAUAUUAUCAAAAGUUGAUCGAUCUGUACAAUCACAAGCUACAAGAAGCUCUCAUCCAGCAAAAGACACAGUUUUCACCAGAAGAGUGCGAGAUGCUGCCCAAGCAAGCUAUUUUCAGCCAGUUGGUUUACUGCAACAAGUGUCACUACGGAACGAAAGUUCGCUUGAACAUGUACCGACAUUUGAAAGGGCAUUUGAAUGAUAUUCCCGUAGCGAAUGUUGACCCUAAAAAUCCGGUACCUUGUUGGGGACAAGGUGAAAAGCAUUUUGAUCGCAUGAGAAAUCCGGCAGCUAGCUCACAGGAAGAUGACGAUGUCAUUCAAUCACUUUGUUUUGUUCAGGAAAACAAACGUUACAUAUGUGGCGCUCAAGGUUGUCGUUACCUGACCAUUAACGAAUGCAUGCUCCAGAGUCACCUUAGCACUUUGCACUGCGAUAUCGAUGAAUACAAGUGCCCACACUGCCCGGCGGUUCAAGUUUUUUCAUCUGGCAAGUUUGAUGCAAUGAGAAUUGUGGAACACCUGAAGCUGCACGAUAAAGAACUGUACCGUUGCAGUAUAUGCUGUAUAUUCUUGAACAACAAAACAAAUAUGGAACGCCAUAUUCGAGAAAACCACAAGAACAUAAGUGAGGCCACCGUUUUUGUUAUCCGCGAUGGCAGCACUGCGGGUGGUGCUUUGGUGGAAGGAAUAGCUUUCAAAUGGAAAUGCGACAUCUGCAAAUUUAAAUGUGUUACUGUUUCCGAAAUCAAAAGCCAUAUGGUGGAUGUGCAUAAUAUGACGAUGAGAUACCGAUGUGCAAAAUGCUUGUUUGGUGCAUCCAACAAAGCUGCGUUUACGAAUCAUUUUGAGGAAAAACACUCGGGUUGUAAAAUAGUUAUCGUUUCAUUGUAUAAACCAAUCGAUGGCGACGAUAGUAAAACAGAUACAACUCCCCUUUGGCGUAGAGAAACUGGCAGAACUAAAAGUAUCCGAGGUAUAGAGGUCGAAGAUGACGAUGAUGAUAAUGAUGAUGUUGAAACGGUUAUGUUAAGUGACUCACCGGAGCCAGCAGGCCCUAGCGGAUUGUGUACAAGUGAUGCUAUAUCGAAACUGGAUGAAGAUUCCACAGUGAAAGCAUUCAAAUGUGGAUUUAGAGCUUGUACAUUUGUAAAUGAUUUUGGUUCAGGUAUAGUCGCACAUUUCAAAACAGCACAUCCAGGUGAAAAACCGUCUGUACUAAGAAAUGCUUUGGCUAAUCCUGCAGAAUCUCGGUUCGAUUAUUUUUUAAAAUAUGCUUGCUUCUAUUGUAUCAAGAAAGCGGAUACCCUAAGUGAACUAAAAGAUCAUUGGAAAAAAAACCACACCGUUAAUGGUAUUCCAAAUCCCGAGAAACCUUUUCUAUUUAAAACGGUCAAAAUUGUUCUGUGCUUCUACUGUCGAAAAGGAUCCGUUAUGCCAGAAAUAAAAUCUCACUUUGCUCAAUGUCAUCCUAAUAUGCAACCGAUUUAUCUGGAUUUCCGUAACCCCAAACAAUGUGCUGAGUGCGACUAUCCUACAAAUCAAAAGCAGGAAAUGGUAGCACAUUACUUUAAACAUCAUCAACAGGAGAAUGAAUACGCCAAAGGAUGGAUCAGCUAUUUGAAUGACCACGUACUGAAUAAAAUUCUAGAACUCAAUUCCAUCACAUUCCGUUGUGACAAAUGUGAAUUUUCAACGGACACCAGCACAGACUUCGCUUCACAUUUUGCGGCAGUUCAUCCGGGGCAGUCAUUGGAAUUCAGCGAAUAUGUUGCGGAAAAACAAAUUAAGUAUCACUGCUCUUUCAACAACUGUAAAUUAACAUUCACAAAACCACGGGACCUUGCGAAUCACCUGAUGGUUCAUGUUCCCAUGUUCAAGUGCUGCUGUGAUCCACCAUGUAAUGCUAGCUUCAGAUACUUCUCCAUGUUAGUUCAGCACUACAGGACAACUCACCCGAAUCAAGAUCUUAAAUAUGCGUUGAAAACACCGAAUGAGUACCAUACAGUGUUGCGAAUGGUUUCUGUCCAAUUUUGGAAUGGAUUCGUUAUGACGUUGGAGGAUGCCCGUCUAGCUAACAAUCGUUUCGGUAUCAAUAGUGAUGUAUCGAAGUAUGUUAACGAAAUUUGCGAUAAAUCUGUUGUUGAGCUAACUCAUGCUAUUUAAGUAAUUUAUAUUAACAAGCAUAGUUUUAAGUGUAGAAACAACCCAACUAUUAUUAAAUAUGAAUCACUUAGUUACACGUGUCUAAAAAAAACACUAUCGCUUUUUGUGGGCUCAACGUGACUACCUACUGUCACAUUUGUAAAUAUGUAUUAAAAAAUUGUGACUUUUUUUUAAAAAUAGUUCCAUAAGUAUUUUGCCUAACUUCUAUAAUGUUUAUUUCCAUCAAUAUUCAUGAUUUCCGUUGGUCAACUGAAACCAAAAUGAACUCCAUUCUAAAGCAGACUUCGUUAUUGAUAUUUCUAAUCGAAGUGAUUGGCUUUACGUUACGAAAGCUUGUAUCCGUUUUGUCACCAUGAAAAAUAAUAUUAAAUUUUGAUGUGUUGAGAAACGCACCCUUAUCAGGAUAGAGAGUAACACACAUACUAAUGGAACUUUUAUUAUUAGUACAUAUCUGUACAUAUAUAUGUUUCUUCACAGUCCGGGGAAAACUGCCUAACUUAGUCCCAGUGAGAAAUUUGUGUUUAUUGCAAUACCCUUAGUUUCAAAAAAAAAAAAAAACCUUUAAACUAACUUUUAACGUCAAACUGUAUCUUAAAGAUCCACUAGUUUUGUCUACAUUAGUUGUAAGCUAUGAUGUAAUAACAAAUUUUGUUUGCCUACAUUAGAAAUUACAAAUGAAAGAAAGUUUAUUAUUUAAGGUGUAAUAAAUCUUAAAUAGGUGAUUGAAUAGAA